GAUCUAAAAGAAAAAAAAGAAGGGAGCGAACUACGACUUUUGUUACUUUUCUUUUAAUAACAACGAAAGAUUCGACAGACGAUCUCAAUCGCAUAAAGUUAAAUCAAACCAAACCUCACACACACACAGACACACACCUUCCAUCUCUCCGCUCGCCGUCGAUCAUCUGAGAUCUCUCUCCCCUCACCAAAGAUGCAUUCGAGCCAUCUCCUUCUCGAGGAGCCGAUCAGGAUGGCUUCUAUCCUCGAGCCAUCCAAAUCCAGCUUCUUUCCGGCGUUAACUAAGAUCGUCGGGACUCUCGGUCCCAAAUCCCGAUCCGUCGAGACACUCUCCGGCUGUCUCAAAUCCGGCAUGUCUGUGGCUAGAUUCGAUUUCUCUUGGGGAGACGCUGAGUAUCACCAAGAGACGCUUGAUAAUCUGAAGAUUGCUGUUAAGAGCACCAAGAAGCUUUGUGCUGUUAUGCUUGAUACAGUGGGACCUGAGCUUCAAGUGAUCAACAAGUCUGAGAAAGCUAUUACUCUUAAAGCUGAUGGACUUGUUACUUUGACUCCUAAUCAAGACCGAGAAGCCUCUUCUGAAGUCCUUCCCAUUAACUUUGAUGGCCUUGCCAAGGCGGUGAAGAAAGGAGACACUAUCUUUGUUGGGCAGUACCUAUUCACUGGUAGUGAAACAACUUCAGUUUGGCUCGAGGUUGAUGAAGUUAAAGGAGAUGAUGUCAUUUGCCUUUCAAGGAAUGCUGCUACUCUCGCUGGUUCUAUGUUCACCUUGCACGCCUCUCAAGUUCACAUCGAUAUGCCAACUCUUACUGAGAAAGAUAAAGAGGUUAUAAGCACAUGGGGAGUUCAAAACAAAAUCGACUUUCUCUCUUUGUCCUACUGUCGACAUGCAGAGGAUGUUCGCCAGACCCGUGAGAUGCUUAAAAAGCUGGGUGACCUCUCUCAAACACAAAUAUUUGCCAAGAUUGAGAACGUUGAGGGACUAAACCACUUUGAUGAGAUUCUACAAGAAGCUGAUGGAAUUAUUCUUUCUCGUGGGAACUUGGGUAUUGAUCUACCCCCGGAGAAGGUGUUUUUGUUUCAAAAGGCGGCUCUUUACAAGUGCAACAUGGCAGGAAAGCCAGCCGUUCUUACUCGUGUUGUUGAUAGUAUGACUGACAACUUGCGACCAACUCGUGCAGAGGCAACAGAUGUUGCUAAUGCUGUUUUAGAUGGAAGUGAUGCAAUUCUUCUCGGUGCUGAGACUCUUCGCGGUCUGUACCCGGUGGAGACCAUAUCAACUGUCGGAAGGAUCUGUGCUGAGGCAGAGAAGGUUUUCAAUCAAGAUUUGUACUUCAAGAAGACUGUCAAGUAUGUCGGAGAGCCGAUGUCUCACCUCGAAUCCAUUGCUUCUUCAGCUGUAAGGGCAGCAAUCAAGGUUAAGGCAUCCGUCAUUAUAUGCUUUACCUCUUCUGGAAGAGCAGCCAGGUUGAUUGCUAAAUACAGGCCAACAAUGCCGGUUAUUUCUGUAGUCAUUCCACGGGUUAAGACAAAUCAGCUGAAAUGGAGCUUCAGUGGAGCCUUUGAGGCUAGGCAGUCACUUAUUGUCAGGGGCCUCUUCCCCAUGCUUGCUGACCCUCGUCACCCUGCGGAAUCAACAAGCGCGACGAACGAGUCAGUCCUGAAGGUUGCGUUAGACCACGGGAAGCAAGCAGGAGUGAUCAAGUCGCACGACAGAGUAGUGGUGUGUCAGAAAGUUGGUGAUGCAUCUGUGGUCAAGAUCAUCGAGCUUGAGGAUUGAUAAUAUGGGAGGAAAACAAUUGCUACAGUCUUUUUACUUCGAUCCAGUGCUCUGCAGUGAGUAUUCAGGAGAUUUGAUAUGUCUCUGAUGUUUCCCAUUUUUCUUGGCUAUUACAUUUGGCUGGCCUCAGAUUUAAACUACGGUAAAAAAAGUAUACAAUGUCUAGCAAUUAUCAUUCAAUAAUCUUGUAACAUCCCACUAUGUUUUUUUCUAUGUUACAAAAAUAUUACGACUCAUUAGUUUCA